AUGGCAUACCAACAACCCCACGCCUGGCCGUUAGCCGCUUCAUCUUCAGACGACCACCCGCCGCCGCCGCCAAUCCAUCGCACUCCUGUCGCAAUGACCCAGUACCCCGAUCCGAACAACUACUCCGACUACUCCCCUCCCGGCGUCACUCCAGGCUCAGACAACAUGGGCGACUCAGCUGCUGGCGGCGGCAUCAAUGGUAUUGCUCAGAGCGUGGCAGGCGCGCACCAACGGGAAAGUGGCAUCCAGGCAGCAAGGGGACUCCCCAUGGGCGUCCCAGACCGAUCCGCGCAAACAUCGCCCUUUCACGAUCCACGACCAAUGUACUCGAGUCCUUCGUACGGCUCCGGCGCACCCCUCGCAGGCGUCUACUCGAGUGACAGUUCAAUGAUGAGCAUGCCUCACACACCACACGCUGGCGUUCCAUACGCCGACACACCUUACAAUCGCUACUCCUCGUCCGCUCAGAACCUUGCACCGCAAAUGGGCCACAUUAACCCUAAUGAAGUUGAUAACGAUGAUGACUGGGGAAUGGGACCCGACCACGACACUCCACGGGACAAGCGGCGGUCAUUUGCGCCCUUUGGAGGCUCACGAGACGGUAGCAGUCGCAAUGGCUCGCCGGGUUCCUCAAUAAACAAUGGCGCUGCUGGUCUCGCAGGUGCAGCUGCCGGCGCUGGUGCUUAUGCCGCAGGUCGAGACGGAAGCAAAUACAACGCCGUGCCUCUAGUCAAUGGAAGCGGAGAACUACUGCCCGAGAAGAUUGCAAGUUGGAAAGCAGAAGACGACUUGAAGAAGCGGAAAAAGAGAAUGUGGAUUGCUAUUGCCAUCAUUACUCUCAUUCUCGCCGGUGCCGUCCUCGGUGGUGUCCUUGGCGCCACUGUCGGCAAGGGCGGCGGCGGCGGCGACAAGGCGGACAAGGCUCAGCAAGCUGCUGACGACAUUAGCAAAGAUAACAAGGAAGAUCUUGGCAAGGAUUCUGAUGAGAUCAAGGCUCUGAUGAGUACUGCUGGCCUACACAAGGUCUUCCCCGGCAUGGACUACACACCACUAAACACUCAAUACCCAGACUGUCUUCACGUCGGACCAUCACAAAACAACAUUACACGAGACUUGGCUGUCAUGUCCAAGUUGACCGACUCAGUCCGCUUGUACGGUACCGAUUGCAACCAGACGCAGAUGCUGAUCCAUUCCAUUGACCGCUUGCAAAUCAAGGACUCGAUGAAGAUAUGGUUGGGAGUCUGGCUCGACAAGAACGACACAACCACGCAACGACAAAUCCGCCAAACAUGGGAAAUUCUCGACGACUAUGGCUGCGACUAUUUCAAGGGAAUCAUCAUUGGUAACGAAGUACUCUACCGGAAGGACUUGUCCGUAACCGAGCUGCUUGGACACAUUAGCGAUUUCCGCAAGAACAUCACUGCUCACAAGUGUCAGCUUCCUGUUGCCAUGGCUGAUCUCGGCGACAACUGGACUGCGGAUAUGGCUAGCAAGGUCGACAUUGUCAUGUCCAACGUUCAUCCUUUCUUCGCCGGUGUACAAGCCAAGGACGCAGCUGCAUGGACCUGGGACUUUUGGUUCACCAAGGACGUCGCUCUCACCGCCGCCCAGUCUGGCAUUCAUCAAAUCAUUGCCGAGGUUGGCUGGCCGUCUGCAGGUGGUACCGGCUGCGGUGGCGCCGAGAAGUGUACCGUAGGAUCAAUUGCGGGUAUCGAUGAGAUGAACCAAUUCAUGGAAGACUGGGUCUGUCCGAGUCUGAAGAACGGCACAGAGUACUUUUGGUUCUCAGCCUUUGACGAGCCAUGGAAAAUCCAAUACAACACUCCCGGCAAAGAAUGGGAAGACAAAUGGGGUCUCAUGGAUGUCAACCGCAAACUCAAACCCGGUCUCAAGAUUCCAGAUUGCGGCGGUCAAUCGCUACCGACAAAGUACGCCAAUUGA